CUGGACACGAUAUGAUCAUCAUUCUCUCCACCGCCGACGCCUUCAUCGACAGCAUCGAUGUGCUCACGCUCAGCCGGCUCGGCCAGAUGUCGAGACCAUCCCGGGCAUUCUUCAAUCACCAUCUUGUUUGGAAUCGGCUCCUUUCGCGCCUGCUGCGUCUUCCGGCAGCGACAUUCAAGGACGUUGGCCCGACCAUCGAUCGACUUGCUGUGCUCCAGGGGCUGUACUGCUACACCCACCGCCGCGAUCCGCUUUACGCACAAACCGGGGCAGCUCACCAGAAAGAAAUUGCUCUCUGGCAAGAAAUUUGCUUCAGCAAAACCCUCCACGAACAUAUACGAGCCUACUGUGCUGCAGCCGGAAAGAUUGUCGAGUAUCCCAGCGAUCUGCUCGGCUCGCUCUUCAUCAAGAACGCGUCGGCUGAUCGUCUCCGGGACCAUGAUCGCUUCAGACUCAUCGACAGCGCUCAUACCAUCGGCGAUGCCCUCCGCCAGACCGACUUUCCCGUCUUUGUCUUUCGUUUCCCACACAGUCCACUCCUCCAGGACGACGAGUUGACCCGCCUACUGCCGCACGAGCGAUAUCACCUCCAGGUUCUCCGGGGACGCAACCUCUGUCUCUAUGGUUGCACGUUUUCAUCGGUCUCGGGGUGGCCCGAGGAGCUGCCUGACGUUGUCGAGAUGAAGGUUGUCGAGCCGGAUCUCACCCAACGACACCCUUGGAUCUGGAGCUCUGUGCCCCGGAUGCCCGGCCUGGCUGAAUUCUGGCCUCCGCCCUCUCUGGACACACUGGUGGGCAUAACGGGUGCCAUGCCAGCGCUGCGGCAUCUCCACCUGCUGGAGUGUGAGAGUCUCAAGACGGUCGAGGGUCUGGCACUCGAUUCAGGUCUCGAAACAUUGACGCUCCCGCCGUCAUUGGAAUGCUUUGGUCGGUCAUUCGAGUCCAUGAACGCGCUGGUGACCCUGGAUAUGUCCAAGUGCCAGCAUCUCCGAUCGCUCGCUGGGUUGCCACGCAGCCUCCCGAUGCUGCAGCGGCUGUCCUUUCCGCCCGGACUGCAAAGUCUCGAGGGGAUGCCCGAGUCAAUGGAUGCACUUGUGCUUCUCAACAUGUACGGCUGCCGUGAGCUCAAGACCCUCACUGGCAUGACUCCGGGACUCGCGGCGCUGCAGAGCCUUGAUUUCCCGGAAUCGUUGGAGACGGCCGAGGGCAUGACGGCGUCGUUGCCGUCACUCAAGUUCCUCAAUAUGUCCAAUUGCAAGCAGUUGGCAACGCUUGCCAAGAUGUCGCGGGACAUGCCGGUGCUUCAGAUGCUGGCGCUUCCGCCGACGCAAUCGUGCUUUGAAGAACUUGACCCCGCCACCCUCGUGCUCUACCCAGAGCUCAGGUUCCUGCACAUUCCGAAAUCGUUCCAGCCGCACCCGCUGGCCAUUGCAUACGUGGCCGGGGUUAAGACGCUGCGACCCAGCAUCUGCAUCAAUUACAGCUCCAGCUUCAUAUGCAUCCACCACUAGCAGCCAUGCGGGAGCUUGUGCAUCACUCAACACAGACGACGGGUCUGUUCCUGUGCUUCCGAUAGAGAUCAUGCUGAUUACUAUGUCCGUCAGAGCAGCCCCAUACGACGGAACGUCUGUGUGCAUGAAUCGAAUACACCCG